GGCAGCAGCAGCAACAACAGAGCGCUCACACAGGAUAAGAAGGAUCAUGCAACCGAGAGUAGUCGCCGUAUCUGUUGCUAACCUGCUUUUUGCUGCGGGACUUUUAUGCAUGCCUCUAUCGGAUCAGGGGCCCCACAUCGCCCACGGAUGGGGCCAGGUGGUCCGGUUCAGGCACCUGUACGCAGCAAGACCCGGACUGCACCUUCUGAUCAAUGGGGAUGGACAGAUCCAUGGUUCUGCGGACCAAACUCUGUACAGUUUACUGGAGAUCCGUCCUGUGGAUCCAGGCUGUGUUGUCAUCAGAGGAGUAGCAGCCGCGCGGUUUCUCUGCAUAGAAGCAGAUGGGAGACUGUACUCAUCGCACACCUACAGCAGAGAGGACUGCACCUUCAGGGAACAGAUCUUGCCAGACGGGUACAACAUCUACGUAUCUAACAGACAUGGAUCCCUGCUCAGUCUGGGGAACCACCGGCAAAGGCUGCAGGGUCGAGACCGCGGCGUCCCAGCUCUGGCCCAGUUCCUCCCCAGGAUCAGCACCCUGGAGGAAACCUCAGCCCCAGCACUGGAGGUCCUGUACCAGCCGGAGAACAGCGCAGCACAAUCAGAAGAACCUGUAGACACCAUGGACUCCUUCGGAAAGCUCUCUCAGAUCAUUCACAGUCCCAGCUUCCACAAGAGAUGAGAUAGCAGUGAUGAGGCACUGGUGAAUAAUGUUUUCUGGGGGUGUCCUGCUUUGUCUGAGGGCUCAGACUGCAUGUAGAACCAAGGACUGAGUGCAGGUCCAAACCCAGAGCGGCUGCUAUGAUAUCCUGCCAGCACUGUCCGAGAUGACCGAAGAGAACACAAGAGCAGAGUCCUGCAGAGUGGAGAAUGAUGCCCAUACUGUGCUAAUGAUUUAUCCUCUCACUAUCGGUAACAGUCCACACAUUUACUGAACAAACACUUGGAGAGAGCUAGCUCUUCCUUCCUGAAACAAAGACCAGGGAGGGAUGUGUUUGACAUUCUGGUUUUGUUUGGAAUAAAGAGAAGAUGGAUUGAGCUGUAACUGUACAUGACCAGAGAGUUUAUAGAAACCAGGAGAAAGAAAAGAAUGGUACAGUACUAGUCACAGG